AUUGCAGUUUUCUUAGCUUUGCCACAUAUGAUUAUAUUCGCUUCACCCUUCCUAACACCUCCAAAUACGAGAAGGAACAUAUUCCUCAACUACAUAUGACUUCCUUAAUCACAUUCUCUGUCAUAAGCACCUCCUUCUUCCUGAUUUUGCAGCCAUGGAGGACUGGAAUACGCUUGCCGCAGACUGUGUUGUUAUAUCUUGUUGCUGCCAAUGCUUGAUCCUACAGAUUAUCAUCUUCUUCUUGCUCAAGCUUCCAUGCAAACUAAUUCGUAAGACGAGAGAAUAUGCUAAGAAGAAGCUUCGAAAGAGAAGGAAAAAUGAGAAGACAAUCGAAAAUGAAAUCAAUCAAGGCAAACAUGAUUUUGUAGGAAUGAAUGGAGGGUCUUUUAGAAUUCAAGUCGAUGGGUUUCUUGUAGAUGGAGACUAUGGUUGUGGGUCAUGUAUGCAGGAAGUUGAGAAGGUGUUAGAGGAGUUUUCUCAAGAGGGGGAGUUUGCAUUUGGAAGCUUUUGGGGCAGGAACCGAUCAGGGACUAUCUCAACUUGUGUAGCAAAACAUGAAUUUGAUAAUAGUAUUGUACAGUUUCAAAUAAUUGAAAUGGUUGGCUCUUGCAGUUAUUCAUAGCAUAGCUUAUAUAUUGUUUAUUUGCCAUUUAGAUGAACAGUGUGCUAUCUGUUCUGGAUUUGGCUUCAGGGUGUGCUUGUAUAGACAGCUAAGGGAUGGGCCAAGAGUCAUUUAUCCAAUAGGACCUGAAAAUUCUGGAUUAAUUUACAAGUGAUCAAAGGGGUACUAUAUAUAAGAUUAAGUCUUAUUAAUUUAUCAACUUUUAAAUACAAAACAAUUUAUUUAUUA